UGCCUGCCCCCAUGAGUACCAGGCUGCCGAGGCUGGACCAUCUCCUCACUUCCAUGCUGACUGCAGUCUAUGGGUUUGAUUCCACACCUGAGGGUCCAGAUUCCAGGGCUCAGGAUGCUGUUGCUACAAGCUGUUCUACUGCUACUAGUCCUGCCCAGUCACGCCCAGGAAUUCAUAACUGAAAAGCCUGAAGCCCUGCUCCCCCUGCCCAAAGGGGUCUGCACUGGUUGGAUGGCAGGCAUCCCAGGACAUCCUGGCCACAAUGGGAUCCCAGGUCGUGAUGGCAGAGAUGGCGCCCCUGGUGAGAAGGGUGAAAAAGGAGAUGCAGGUCUUGUUGGUCCUAAGGGUGAAACUGGUGAAACCGGAGCGAUUGGGUUUGAAGGCCCCCGAGGCUUUCCGGGAGCCCAAGGCAGGAAAGGAGAACCUGGAGAAAGUGCCUUUGUAUACCGCUCAGCAUUCAGUGUGGGAUUGGAGGCCCGAGUCACUGUCCCUAAUGUUCCCAUUCGCUUUACCAAAAUCUUCUACAAUCAACAAAACCACUAUGAUAGCACCACUGGCAAAUUCCAUUGCAACAUUCCUGGGCUAUACUACUUCUCCUACCACAUUACAGUCUACUUGAAGGAUGUAAAAGUCAGCCUCUACAAGAAGGACAAGGCUGUGCUCUUCACCUUUGACCAAUACCAAGACAAGAACUUGGACCAAGCCUCUGGCUCUGUGCUCCUCUAUCUGGCGUCGGGUGACCAAGUGUGGCUCCAAGUGUAUGGGGAUGGGGAACAUAAUGGGCUCUAUGCAGAUAAUGUCAACGACUCCACCUUCACAGGCUUCCUUCUCUACCAUGAUAUCAACUGAUCACCACUAACUCAGAGCCUCCACUGGGCCAAACAAGCCAAGUCAAAGAACAUUACACAGGCUUUCAGUGUAGUUAGGAGGUUGAUGUUAUUAUCUCGUUGAAGGGCUCUGAACAUUAUUCAUUCAUUUACUCAUUCAUUCAUCAAGUACCUUUAAAAAAAUUAUAUAUACUAUGUUCCCAGUUCUAAAGAAGACGUGUUCCCUGACCUCAGGGAUCUGGUAUUUAGUGGCAAUAAAAGAAUAAAGAAUUUACUGGGGAGUGUCGCAUAUGACGAGAUAACCGACUAUGACAAAGUAUUUGGCAGUGCUAUUGUGUGCCCACUGUUUCUCCUCCUGUUCAUGCUAAUCCGGUGAGGUACACAGAAAAAAUAUUAUUCUCCUCUUUUUUGACUCGGGGUCCUGAGGCUGAGAGAGUUAAGGGAAUGCCUAAGGUCACACAGGUAUUAAAUGGUGGAGCUGGAAAUCACACCAGGGCCAUGGAUCUUUUCUAUUACACCGUGUAUGUGGCCUCUUUGGGAUGUCAGUCGGGGGUCUCUCAUCCAUCUCACCUGAGGGCCUCUGAAUUGGUCUUCAUCAUGAAUUAAGCCUUUCCCCAGUAGAGCUCCCUCAGAACAGGUGGUUCUAUGACCAGGCCCCACUCCAGCUGGACUACUCAAUGGCUCCUGCACUACUCUGUACUGUCUUUUUCUCUGUGUCUUUCCUCAUGCUCUUGUCUGCAGACCAGAAAGCCACCUCCAUCUCCACAUGCUGAAAUGUUCCCUGUUCCUCAAAGCCACCUGGUCAGGAAACUUCUCUGACGUGAUUUUGCUUUCCUGCAAACCUUCCUCGUACACUGUGCCCCUGUGCUCCUUCACGUGUUAUCGUGGAUGACAGUCCUGGGUAUGGGAGACAUCCCCCCACCAGGCCAGGGACAGCUUCCCUGAAGGACCAUGUUUACUUCACUUCCAAGUCCCCUUGAUGGUCCUUGAUCAAAGCCUCAUGAAGACCAGUCUCUUGAACCUCACCUUUACCCAGAAUUAACUCUUUUCAUAUAACUAUUCAGUCUCUUUAUAUAAAUAAUCCUUAUCUACAAAAACAUUUUCAUUUUCAGAAUUCCCUGAUUUUAAGCACCUAAUCCCUGUUCCACCAGACAGUUUGAAUCGUUUCCACUGAGGUUAGGGAUGACUGUGCCUUCCAGAAUACUUAAAGAAUUUUCCCUCAAGGAGGUAGCUUGAGCCUGCAAUGCAAAACCCACGAAGGAAUUUGGAAACCAUUCUUCCCUUGAGUGCCAACAGGGUCUGGAAAGACCUGGGCCUUCAGAAUCUGUUCUUGUUCUUUUAAGAAUUACCAAGAAAAGAGAAAUAAAAGAAAAGGAAAAAAGAAAUUAAUAAUUGUCUGAAGUGAUAGAUCUGAUAAUUAGCUUGAUUAUAGUGAUUAUUUCACAGUGUAUACCUAUAUCAAAUCAUCAAAUUGUACACCUUAGAUAUAUACAAUUUUUAGUUGUCAAAUAGUCCUCAAAAAGAAAAAAAGGAAUUACGAAUGGCUGAUAGUGGUAAACAUUCUCACAGGAGACAAUAGCUUGAGCAAUACUCUUCAAAGUUUUCAGUAAAAGCAGAGUUAAUAGCAUUCUGUAUAAAUAUAGACAUGAAAAACCUAUUUUUUUGCUUACAGUCUUAAAUCCUGAAUGAUUACUUUUUAUGUGUGUAUUACUAUUCAUUAAGUGAUGAUUAUUUCUACAUAUAAAGCUUUGUCUUUUAAAAUACUUUCAUAUUGUUAUUUUCUACAAGUAAAGAUACUGCCCAUCAUUAAAAUAGAAUCACUUGAAUCACA